CAAUCGCGUGAACGUUAUUACCAGUUGUCGCCGAAGAGUGCUUCAAGUUCUAUUUCGCGUUGGAGUGAAUUUUACGCGGGACCGGUCGGUUCGGCCGCGUGGUUGGAACAAGCGGGAAACGGGAAAUGUCGCAUCGCACCGAUGGGAUUUAGCUGGGCUCGCGAUCGUAAACUUCGGAAUCGCGCGUGCGCGGAAUUAUGAAACAGAGGAAACGGAAACAAAAUUCUGGAAUUCAAUAUCUGCGAGCUAAUUAAAUUAUUCGGGGCACGGGAGAAGAAUUUCAAUUAACCUUUUGCGGUUCAGUGGCACGACAACGCACCUAUCAUGAAAUCAAUUAACGAAUAAAAGGAAUGAAUUAAUGGAAAUUGUAUGUAUUUGUGUAUUUUCGUUCAAAGACAGAGGGAGCGCUGGUAAUGCUGGUAUGCUUUAGCAUUUUCAUCGGAAUGUUAACGGAUGAAUUAAGACUUACAACAUGGACGCCCAAGUUGGAGAGUCUUCGGCAUGUGCUACGGCGCUACUCUGUGGAGUUAAAGCCAAUUACGAGACUGUUGGCCUGGACUCGUCUGCACGCUUCGAGAACUGUUAUUCCAGUUUUGAUGCCCGUGUACCAUCCCUUAUCAAUUGGGCGCAGGAGCAGGGUAAAUCGACAGGAUUGGUAACGACCACGAGGGUAACACACGCGACCCCGGCAGCUCUUUACGCGCAUGCAGCCAGCCGUUACUGGGAGGACGACGGCAAGGUGCCACCUGCUGCACGGACCUCUUGCAAGGACAUCGCACGUCAGCUGCUCGAGGACGAACCCGGCCGUAACAUCAACGUGAUCCUCGGCGGAGGCAGGCGUCAUUUCGUGCCGAAAGUGGUCCAGGACCCUGAGGAACCGGAGAAAGACGGCCGACGAUUGGACGGGAGGAAUCUGAUCGAGGAAUGGUCCAGGAACCACCGGUUGCGGAACGUGGCCGCGAAAUACGUCGCUAACAAGGAGCAGUUCGUGAACGUCGAUCCUCGGAAAGUGAACCAUCUACUCGGACUGUUUUCCUAUUCCCAUAUGGACUUCGACGUCGACCGAAACACGAACGGGUCCGGCGACCCUUCUCUCGCUGAAAUGACUAUAAAGGCGCUUCGUGUACUGGCGAAGAAUCCCGAAGGAUAUUUCCUCUUCGUUGAAGGUGGUAGAAUCGACCACGCGCAUCACUAUAACAACGCUUAUCGAGCACUGGACGAAACACUGGCGUUAGAGGAAGCGGUGAGGGCUGUAAUGAAGGAAGUCGACCUGUCGGAAACGCUACUCAUCGUGACGGCAGAUCACUCGCACGUGCUUACGCUCGGUGGUCUCGCUACGCACCGUGGGAAUCCCAUAUUCGGUUCCGACAGCAAGGUGUCAGAUCUUGAUGGACAGCCGUACACAACGUUGUUGUACAGCAAUGGGCCCGGGUACGCGCAGCCGAGGAAUAUUUUGCGAGAGGCAGGGAAGGAUUCCAUUCAGACGGCAGGAGUGCCACGAGCCUGGGCGACUCAUGGCGGGGAGGACGUGCCGGUGUACGCCAUAGGUCCGCUGGCGAGCGUCUUGUUCUCCGGCAGCAUUGACCAGAGCUAUAUACCGCACGCCAUCUCGUACGCAAGCUGCCUGGGCCACCACGCGAGCCGGUGCUCCCGAGAUUCCACGUCGAGCAACGACACAAUGAGCGUCCCGAUAAGCUGUCCCUCGGCGGAGCCGAACAGCGCCGCGAUAUCCAGCGACGUGAUGAAUGACCAAGCCAGAAAUCCACCUACGAAAUCCGCCGCGCCCCCCGAAGCGGCCGGCCGCCGUUCACCGACCAGCGUCCUCCUGCCCCUUGUCCUGGCCAUCCUGCUGCGUCCGAUCCAGGGAACGAGUUAAUGCCUGUCGGAGUCUCCUCCGGCGAAUGCCUUCCCGCUAGCCGCGCACGAAGAAGCUCACCCAUAAUCUUUCGGGACAACAGGUGAUCCUAACGAUCGCCGAACGCCGAAAAGAUCCGAGGAUUAAGAAACCCGAACGAUUCCGUGUCGGACGAAGGAUCCGGGGAACAUUUAACCGCGUUCGUGGGAUGGAUCCGAUGGAUGGAUGGGGUCAAAUGGAGGGUCUAGUAAUUCUUCGUGAUAGAAUGACCGGGCGAAAGCUUCGGGAUCAGAGACUGAUAGCACCGCGGGAAUAAAUGAGCUUUGAAUUGGAUGGGGAGGUGAUGGUGGUGUUCAUCGUUUCGGGAUGUUCGUAACGCGAGGAUGGCAAGCAUUUAUCAAUGAUUGGACAGGAAUGUAUAUUUUUUGUGGAAUGGUGGUUGCGGAGUCCGGGGUGGGGUAGAUGUGCCGGUUGGGAUCAGUGCAACUGUUUUAAUCAUUUCCAUGGUUAUCGUUCUUCUUCAUCAUUAUGUUUCCUUGUCUAUUUUAUUUUGAAGUAGCUUAUUAUUUAUGUAAAUUUUAUUUAUCGGUUUGACAUAAAUGUUCUUUUGGAAGUAAAUGUGUGAAAAAUUAGUUUUGGCGUAUUGAACAAUGGAAACACUCAGCAAUUGUAUCUUCUGUACUGACUGAUUGAAACGUGGAAACAUAAUACUAUGAUAUAAACGACGUAAAUGGUGUUCUAAAUAUAUUCUAAAAAUAUUUAACAUGUUAGUUACGUGUGUUGAUUGUGAAAUUUUGAAGACAGAUUAACAAGGACGUUUUCCUUUUCCAUUUAGUUGCUAGUUAAAUACUUCCCGUUGUGUAGCGUACCUAUCAUUUUGUGACUCUAAACGUUCUAUUGAUAUAGAAUAAACGACUUCGAAGUUUUAAUCAUCGACCUAGACUUACUAAUGUCCGUCUAAUUUUCUAACAGGAAGUGUGAUUUAGAAGUUUCAUAUAAGUUAUACGUAUCACCAAUUACGACGACCAAUCAGCACCUACUGAAUUAAAGGCUGAAAUACUUUAACUUUGAAACUCAUAAUGAUAAUUGGUCGCUAAUAGGAAUAUUUACAUUCCGCAGUUAGGCAUCGUGAAAGCCAAGGAAACACCGAAGCAAAUGAAAUGAAGUGAGUAGUAACGACACAGUUUAAAUUGACGAGAAAAACAAACUUAUUUAGAGAAAAGGAAUACUAACAAAAUUUAUACGAAAUCCUAUAGGACACCUUGUACAAUCUAUGAAUCUUCUGAAACCAAAGUGCUCACGGUAUUUCAAUCCGAAAAUUGCACCAAUAUCACUUUAUUUAAUUACAAUUAAAAAUAUUACUUUAAUAGUUUAUUUGAAAACAUCUAACAAUAAAAAACACAACAAUUAUAUUCACAUAUACGUAUAACACAAUUAUGGUAUUACGAAUAAAUACAGCAAAAGUUGUUAAUAACAUAACUAUUUCACUUCUAAAGGACCACAAAAAAGUAACGUAAAUGAAUAAUAGUGUCCCACCGAUCCAUAUAUAAAAAAUAAUUUUAAAAAUGUGUUUAUAUAUUUUUAACAUAAUUCCUUUUACUUAAUUUAUUAGUUCAUUCUACACAUUUAAUACAUGGUAUUGCUUUUUUAUGUUUAUGUAUGACGGUAAACAUCAAUUUUAAUGAUAAUGUCAAGCCUGUACGAAUAUAAGAUCGCAAAGUGUUAAAACAUAAUUUUCUCGCGUUCCACACAAUUCCCAAAAUAAAAGCAUUGUAACUCUGAAAAAUCCUUUAAAUGGAUCCACAAAUGGUGCGUCUACCCUACUACUGGACACGACUAAACCAACUGGUGUCUCCAAUUCACCCAACAAUAUUGUGUCGCGUCGGGAUGAACGAGCAGUAAUCCCAUCCCUGUGCUCCUCCAGAGAAGAGUCUCGUGCAACAUGAAACGUACGUAACACUUGGCUCAAGGCGUGACGCGCCCGAGUCAGUAGAUGAUCCCUGGAUACCAGACGAUCCAGGAAAUGUUCGAGAACACGCAACAACGAAUCAAGCGUUUCGCGACGAACGCUAUACGAAUAGCGAUGAACAAUCGAAUUCCAGAAUUCGAAAUGAUUCGAAGCUUUCCUAAUACUGUGAAUAUUCGAAGCACUUCGAAUGUGACUUGACUCUAUAAUAUUCUUGAAAGACUUGGUAAAUUUUGAGCUUUGAACGAUUCGUGCUAAGAAAUAUUGAAAGUCUUAAUAAAUUUCGAAUACUUCAUAAUGAUCAGGUUUUUGCUUGUUUAUCAGCCCACCUCAUCUCAUCAGGACUUUCAAAACUUUUAAUACUUUGUAGCUCUAUCGAAUCAUUGAAAGAUCAAAACUUACUAUAUUUUUCAAGACCUUUUAUGGAAUUAAAUCAAUGGAUUCAAAAUAUUCAUCGUUACACGCGAGCCCCGGAUGUUUCACGAUGUAUACUACAGAGAGUGGCAAUUCAACGCGAAGACCGAAUAACGUAUAGAUCGAUAAGAAUUUAGUGAUUCGAUCAAAACGAUAUUCGACGAGUUUCGCCCUUAAUGUCCCCGCCACUCGUCUCGAAAAAGGAUUUAAUGGCCGUUCUUGCCUAAUUUCGCUAAGACUGUAGAAUUAUAUGACAAGGGUAGCGACAAGGGGGCGAGAUUGGAACAGCUUGGGGGACAAUUUGCGAAGAUAAUGACUGUCUUAAGAUUACUCGGUGAACUUUGCCAACUUUCAAAGCUCUUCUACGAUCUAAAUGAGGUUUACAAGUGGUACGUGACGAGAAUACUUCGGACGAUGGUUGCGAAGGAUCUCGAUGAACUCAACGGUUCAAUUAAACGGGUGUUGACUGCUACGAAAUAGAUACCAGUUGUUCACGAAACAAAGCUUCGUGAAAGUUCGCGAUCAGAUUCACGGCGCACAGGCAGGGAGAGGAUUAAUCUCGGUAAUUAUUCUGGAAAAGAGGUCUGUAUCCGAUUUCGAUAAUUUUUUAAUGUCUUGUCAGAUCUAUCGCUUUCAGUAGUUACAGAUACAAAACCAUAUAAUUUUUUUUAUAAAAAAUAUUUGUUCCCACUUUUUAUAAAGUGUGGUUAAUCGAAUUCGUUAUACGCAUGCAAGUAUUUCUUGUUUACUCUUAAAACGGUUACCCGAAUAAUUUCCGUGGUUACUAUCUGUCUCGAGUGUGCUAAACGCAAAGACGUUCGGUAAACGAUAUACGAUCCGAACAUUCGGAAAUAGAGAAUUCAAUCUUGUAAAGAUUAUUGUAUAAACGGACUUUAUAUGAAAUAAAGAUGCGAGAAUGGAAGGCUGCUUGCUUCUCGACGGGCGAUUUGGAGCAAUGUAAAUUUGUACGAUAAAGAGGAAGUAUUUUAUCAACAGUUCGCGUCAAUGAUGUUCACAUUGACGAUUUAAUUGCAUUUAGAAUUUUCGAUGCGACAGGGCAUGUUCAUUUUUAAGUGUUUUUCUGUUCGUAAAAAAAGAAUUGAAGUGUUUAUUCUAUGUGUAGAUUUUCAUGUCAAUAAUCAAAUACCUGAAUUUCGUUGGCGUAUUUUAUGAUUUUCAAACUGAUCACGCAUAUAAUUUAAUUUUAAUCUAUUAACGGCCAUAAUCCUUUAAUAAUACCUAAUAGCGCCAUAAUGUUGGAAAUGCGUACUUGUUUAUACUGCAACGUUGCAGAUAGGGACAUUUGUUCGAAAUUUGGUUUGUAGUACCUCUGAAAAUUUCAUUAACAUUUACGCAACAACGUUACGUUUAAAUAAGCUGUAGUUGUC